AUGGAACAGAAGGACAACGCCAACCCCAUUGUAUACCAGUCCAGCUCGCGCUUGACGCAGCGACGCAGUUCGUCUAGCGCCAACGCAGAGUGGUGGCGUGAUCAGUCGAUUCAUUCGUCGGCACAGUCAGCUGGUCGACCAUCUGCAUCGUCCUCUAGCAUCGCUGGCAUCGGUGCCGUCGGUAGCAGCGCCAUCUCUAGCAACAAUUUCGCUGCCUCGUUCGCGCGUGCGACUCGAUCUACCAUCGAUCAAGACGACGACGAGGAGCUUGAAGACGAAGCGGACGACUCUGAUGACGAUGUCGAAAUGUCGCGUCGCUCCGGUACUCCAGCCACAUCACCCGAGAUUGAGUGCGCCGCCCCCCACACCAAAGCCGUCGCGACCUCGAUGGACGAAGAGAUUGAUAGCCAAGAGAUCUAUGACCUCAUCCGAUCCAUCACCGACCCGGAACACCCGCUCACCCUUGAACAGCUCGCCGUGGUCAACGCAUCACAUAUCACCGUCUCGCACGGCGACGCUGCUGCUAACAAACUGCCGCACGUACUGCUUGAAUUCACCCCCACCAUUCCGCACUGUAGCAUGGCCACGCUGAUAGGUCUCUCACUCCGUGUUCGUCUGCUACGUGCACUACCCGAUCGCUUCAAAGUGGACAUCCGCGUGCGUCCCGGAACGCAUCAGAGCGAGAAUGCAGUCAACAAGCAGCUCAACGACAAAGAGAGGGUCGCAGCAGCGCUCGAAAACUCGCAUCUGUUCAAUGUAGUAACCGGUUGCUUGGCGAGUGCAGGGAGAAGAGGAAAAAGUGCCGAUGAGGUCGCAGCAUACUUCAGUGGGCCUCCGAGCGGCGAUGGCAAAGAGGACCAGGAUCAUCAGUUGAUUUGGAAGACCGUGCAAGAGAUUACGACUCGGAUGGGCAUUACUGUUUGA